UGCACUCCGGUCCGGUUGACUCGCAACUGAUCGCACCCCCGAAUAUUCGGACGCGAUCACAUCGCCGCGUCGCGUCGCAUCACGCGGCCGUAGAAAAACUCCGGCGACCGCCGCCGCCCGCCGCCGGCCGCAGCUCGUUCACACGCUCGCGAGCGAAACCAAACGCAGGCUGGCUAGCUUGCGAGCUCUGGUGGUGUCCAGGAUUAAUUAGUUCAGGGUGACGACAAGAUUUGGCAGCUGCUGGGUGGGUGGUGCCAAUGCCGGGUGGGAUCCGGAUCCUCCUCGUGGUUCUCGCCGCCGUGGCGGCGGCCGGCGGGGUGGCCGCCGUGUCGGCGUUCUCCUCCUCCUCCAGGGCCGGCGAGCAGCCGCUGUCGCUCAUCGCCGUCCACCGGGCGACCAUCGGCAUCGACGCGGCCGCCUCCGUCGGAGCGUCGCCCCGGCUGCUCGGCGUUAAGGUACACGGGGAGGAUACUGCUUGGGUAACUGUUGAUUUCGCAGCUCCCCACCCGGGCGCCGGCGACUGGAUCGGAGUGUUCUCUCCUUCAAAUUUCAAUGCAUCCACAUGCCCCGGUUCUACAGACCCAGGCCCUGUGAUAUGCUCUGCACCAAUCAAGUAUCAACUUGCAAAUUAUUCGUCAAAUUAUGGCAAGUCAGGAAGAGGGACUCUCAAGUUUCAGUUGAUCAAUCAGAGGCAGGACUUCUCCUUUGCAUUGUUCACUGGAGGACUCUCAUAUCCAAAGCUUAUUGCAGUGUCAAAUAAGAUCGCAUUCGCAAACCCGAAAGCUCCGGUUUACCCUCGUCUGGCACAAGGCAAAUCCUGGAAUGAGAUGACCGUCACAUGGACAAGUGGCUACGACAUUCAAGAAGCGUAUCCCUUUGUUGAAUGGGGCAUGAAAUGGAACCCUCCUGUGCGUACAGCAGCGGGCACCGUCACUUUUGAUCGCGAAAGCUUAUGCGGAGAACCUGCCCGGACUGUUGGUUGGAGAGAUCCAGGUUUCAUACACACGGCAUUCCUGACUGAUCUGUGGCCAAAUAAAGAAUACUACUACAAGAUUGGACAUAUGCUACCUGACGGAAAAGUUGUAUGGGGCAAGUUUUACUCAUUCAGAGCACCUCCUUACCCUGGGCAAAAGUCACUGCAGCGAGUUGUUAUUUUUGGUGACAUGGGAAAGGCUGAGAGGGAUGGAAGCAACGAAUACAGCAACUACCAGCCUGGGUCACUGAACACCACUGACACACUGAUCAAGGACCUUGACAACAUCGACAUUGUGUUCCACAUCGGUGACAUUACCUAUGCCAAUGGGUACAUUUCUCAGUGGGAUCAGUUCACUCAGCAGGUCGAACCAAUCACUGCUCGAGUCCCCUACAUGCUCGCAAGUGGAAAUCAUGAACGGGACUGGCCAAACAGCGGGUCUUUCUUCAAUGGGACAGAUUCUGGAGGGGAGUGUGGGGUGCUUGCUGAGACCAUGUACUACACACCCACUGAGAACAGGGCAAACUACUGGUACUCGACGGAUUACGGGAUGUUCCGGUUCUGCGUGGCGGACAGCGAGCACGACUGGCGGGAAGGCACGGAGCAGUACGCGUUCAUCGAGCGCUGCCUCGCCACGGUGGACCGCAAGAAGCAGCCAUGGCUGGUCUUCAUCGCGCACCGCGUCCUCGGCUACUCCUCCGGCUUCUUCUACGGCGCCGGCGGCGCCUUCGCCGAGCCGACGGCGAGGCAGAGCCUGCAGGGGCUGUGGCAGAAGUACCGCGUGGACCUCGCCUUCUACGGCCAUGUCCACAACUACGAGCGGACGUGCCCGGUGUUCGAGGGGCAGUGCGCGAGCCCCGAGCGGUCGCGCUACUCCGGCGCGGUGGCCGGCACCAUCCACGCCGUCGUCGGCGGCGGGGGCAGCCACCUGAGCAACUUCACCGCCGAGACGCCGCCGUGGAGCGUGUACAGGGAGAUGGACUACGGCUUCGUCAAGCUCACGGCGUUCAACUACACGUCGCUGCUCUACGAGUACAGGCGCUCCAGCGACGGCAAGGUGUACGACAGCUUCACCGUCCACCGGGAGUACCGCGACGUGCUCGCCUGCGUCGCCGGCAGCUGCCCGCCGGUCAUCCCGCCGCCGACAUGAGCGCUCCUCCGAGCAUCCUGCCGGGAAGGCGGCAUUGCUGCUUGCUGGUCUCGUGCGUGUAAUAUUGACUUGUCAAUUAUCUGUAAAUCGAAUUACGAAAUAUUUCGAGCUUUAUAAUCAAAUAAAAAAAUAUUUCAUAUAUUUGC